UAUCAUAUGUCUUGUCUACAGAUUGAUGUGUAGAUGUAUCGUGAGUGUUCGCGGUUGAUUUAGCAUUAUUACCUCAUUGUCAAUUCCACAUCGGUGUGUAGACCAUAUGAAAUGUGAUCAUUUCCUUCUGUUUUCCUUUAUUAUGACCUCAUUCUGAACCAUUAUGGUAUUGCUACAUUGCUGUGAAGUACUUUAGUUACCAUAAUGUUUGACCAGGGUGGCACUCCGUUGUCUUAUACUGCCUUUAAGAUUUCACAAGGGCUCCCUAUUAAGUGGAAUCAGAAUGAGAAUAGAUUCAUAUCGGCAGUUGAACAGUACUUCCACAAGUAUUCUAUGAUUACAUCGGUUGCUCUUGCUUUUCCUCAAUCAGAAUCAUCUUCUUUUGAUGUAUUUGAUUUUUUUCAGUCUGCUGGCUUUAAAUUAGACAAUUUAUGUCUUGGUGCUUUGUGUACUUCGGAAUUCAUUCGUGGCGUGCUGCUACCUUAUAAGUUGCGUUUUUGUAGCACUGGUAAUAUUGAUGGUUUAACCAUUCUAUUUUCUUUAAGUUUUGAUGAGGGUCUAUAUCUUUCGUUACCUAAACAUGCCAUUUCAACUUUGGGUUUGUCCAACACUUCUUAUGUGAAUAUUCACAAGGAUGGCAUCAUAAGCUUGCACAUGGAUGUAUUAUCUUCGGGUUACCUGAAGGAAGAUUCCAAGCUUUGUAAUCGCACAGUCACUGCAUUAAAUCGCAUUUCAUCUUGCAGUGCAAUGAUAUCGCAGCAGAGUCUUACGCAGUCAGAUAAUACUGGCUUAUACACUGAGUUGCUGAAGCUAGGUUGUGAUGUACUCCCAUUGAAGCCUUGUGCAUCGUCUAAGAUAUAUUAUCCUGCUGCAGAUACGCUAUUAAAUCCUGUUGAUAUAUCUAUAAUGGUUGAUUAUGGCUUGAAGCACGGCGUGAUUUCUGAGAAUGCUCUUGAUUCUGGAUCCGCAGUGGAAACUGGCGUUCACGUUCUCAAUGACUUCAAGCGGCGCAAAAUGACAUCUGUUAAAACAUCACAAAGCUCAAAUGACACUAUGGAUCGUGUUUUGAAUUACCGUGGUGCACUAUUUAAGGCUUAUCGUACUUUGGGUGAUGUUAAUAACCAUGGUAUGGAUACUGUGUGCAAUGUAUUAUCGGAGCUUGAGAAGCAUGAUUUUAGUUCCGUUACUGAACACGUUGUAACUCGCUUACGCCAGGAGAUAGAUACUUUAAUAUUUCGUGGGUUACAUUCACCUGGUAUAACCAAUGGAAACGUUAAUGAGGAUUCCAUUUUGGACGAUACGCCUCGUAAGCCUUUUAUCAUUUCUACUUUGAGCAACAUAGCUAUGUCGUCGGAGCACUUAUAUGCUAUUUUCAACUAUGCAUGGGAACGCUUAGUCACUUCCGUUGACAUGUUUAUUAUAUCUGUUACUUCACAACGUUCAUGUAAGGAGAAUAUAAAUUGCAAGUUCAUGGAGACAGCUCCUGGUAGUGACCAUUUAUAUUUGAUAUGUUCUAAGACUUCCGAGUCUGAAGCUACUGUAUUUCUGAUAUCUUCUAAUUAGUCUUAGCGAUCAAUGGAAGGCGGUCCAUUGGAAUGUAGACGACUGCAAUUUUUGAUAUUGCAAACCUUU